UGACGCGGUCUGAUGACGACACAGACGCUGCAGUGUUGUGCAAGUGUCCGACAGCAGGAUAGGAGACAGUACCGUAUUUGUUCUUCCAGCUCGAGCAUGUCUGUGGUCCGGCUGUGGGCCUCAGCCAGCACACGGUUGCUUUCCAGGAGAUCCGUUUUGGAGCCGGCGUUUAAAGGAUGUCCGCGGGCAGCCAGCGGAGCGGCGAAGGACCAGGAGCCGAUGAGGAAGGCGAAAACGCCCCAGGGGAAGUUUGAUGUCCCCGAAGAGAAAAACAAAGACGUUCUUGAAAAGUUUCCUGGUGACAUAAACCCUGCAACCAAGGAGCAAGGUGGCCCCCGGGGACCGGAGCCCACACGCUACGGAGACUGGGAGAGGAAGGGCCGCUGUGUCGACUUCUAGUUUAUUUCUUUUUAAUGUCAUAUUUUCCCUCUUAAGUUAUUGGGAAGUUAAGCUAUUUUGUAGCUUUGUUUUGUUUAGCUUUGCAGUCAAACAUCUGUUUUCCAGAUCAGAGUAUAUGAAUGAGGCAGGGAUAAUUAUUCAUGCAGCCUGCAGAUGGAAUAGUUAACUUGCCCAAAUAAACUUAUUUCAUACAUGUGUGA